AUGUUAGGGGUUGAUUAUGAUGGGGUUGAAUCAAGGGAGCAUUCAUUUGCAAGGGCAUCAAAUGCAGAUUGGGUUGAAGAAGAUGAAGAAGAACUUCAAAUGUUUGCGCUCUUAAGGUUACCUACGGAAAAACGUGUCAAUUUGGCAUUGAUGAGGAAACCAUCUUCUCGCAACUCAUCAAUGUCAAAUAAAACCAAAGGUAGAAUGGAACAGAUCGAUGUAAGAAAGUUGAAUCGUGUUUAUCGUGAACAUCUUGUGAAGGAAGCCUUGGCCACCAAUGAACAAGAUAAUUAUAAGCUUCUUUCUGCCAUCAAGGAACGAUACAAUAGGGUAGGAAUGGAGGUUCCAAACAUUGAAGUGAGAUUCACAAACUUGAAAAUUGGAGCUGAGGUUCAAAUUGGGACAAGAGCUCUACCAACUUUGACCAAUUACACACGAGAUGGCCUUGAGGGAAUUUUAACCAGUUUGGGGAUAGGUCGACCUAAAAGACAUUCUUUGACCAUCUUGAAUGAUAUCAAUGGUGUUAUCAAACCUGGAAGGAUGACAUUGUUAUUAGGACCUCCAGGAUCUGGAAAAUCUACUUUACUUUUGGCUCUUGCUGGAAAACUUGCAAGUAACCUCAAGAAAAGUGGUAAUAUAACAUAUAAUGGCCAUGAGCAAAAGCAGUUUUGUAUUCAAAGGGCUUCAGCAUACAUUAGCCAAAUUGAUGAUCACAUAGGAGAACUAACAGUGAGAGAAACUUUUGAUUUUGCAAAUAGAUGUCAAGGUUCAAAUGAUGCAGAGUUAUUGAAAAAUCUGGAAAGCUUAGAAAAGGAAAAAAAGGUGAUGCCAAGUCCAGAAAUUGAUGCAUUUAUGAAGGCAGCAUCUGUUGGUGGCAAAAAGCACAAUGUAAUGACAGAUUAUAUUUUGAAAGUGCUUGGUCUUGAUGUAUGUUCUGAUACUGUUGUUGGUAGUGAUAUGAUAAGAGGGAUAUCUGGUGGCCAAAAGAAGAGAGUAACAACAGGAGAAAUGAUUGUUGGACCAAGAAAAGCUUUAUUUAUGGAUGAAAUAUCAACUGGACUUGAUAGCUCUACCACAUUCCAGAUAGUAAAAUGCAUAAGAAAUUUUGUUCAUGAAAUGGAAGCUACUGUACUAAUGGCUCUUCUUCAACCUGCGCCGGAGACUUUUGAUCUCUUUGAUGAUCUAAUACUUCUGUCAGAUGGACAUAUAGUAUAUCAAGGCCCCAUAGAACAUGUGGUAGAAUUUUUUGAAUCAUUAAGUUUCAAACUUCCACCACGCAAGGGUGUUGCAGAUUUUCUUCAAGAGGUAACAUCUAAAAAAGAUCAAGCACAAUACUGGGCUGAUUCUUCAAAGCCGUAUAAAUUUAUUCCAGUACCAGAGAUUGCAGAAGCCUUCAAAAAUUCCAAAUUUGGGAAGUCGAUGGAAGCCAUGUAUACUGCUCCCUAUGAUAAAUCAAAAAGCCAUCCUUCAGCUUUGCCGAAAAAUCAUUUUGCUGUGUCAAAUUGGGAUCUUUUUAAGUCUUGUUUGUCGCGAGAAUGGACCUUGGUCUGUAGAAAUAGUUUUCUUUACAUAUUUAGGACUUGUCAGGUUAUACUUGUUGGCUUGAUCGCAUCCACAAUGUACCUUCACGUAAAAACUUAUCCUAAGAACGAACUUUCGGGGAAUCUCUACAUGUCUGCACUAUUUUAUGCAUUGGUGCACAUGCUGUUUAAUGGGACUACUGAGUUGUCACUUUUGAUAUUUCGUCUUCCUGUCUUCUAUAAACAAAGAGGCAAUUUAUUUUAUCCGGCAUGGGCAUGGACACUGUCCACAUGGAUUCUUCAAUUUCCUUAUUCCAUUGUUGAAUCUGUUGCGUGGACUGGUGUCGUGUACUACAUUAUUGGAUUUGCUCCUGCACCUGGGAGGUUCUUCCGCUACAUGCUUUUAUUGCUUAUGGUGCACCAAAUGGCAUUAGGUCUCUUUCGGCUCACAGCUGCUAUCGGACGCGAUAUGGUUGUUGCUAAUACAGGUGGAUCGGGUGUACUGAUGAUUUUAUUCUUAUUGGGAGGAUUUAUUAUCCCACUAGACAUGAUUAAGCCAUGGUGGAAGUGGGGUUACUGGUUAUCACCUCUUAAUUAUGGACAGAGAGCAAUUUCAGUCAAUGAAUUUCUUGCAACAAGAUGGUCAGAGCCUUCGGCUUUAGGGAACGACACAGUUGGUCGAAAUAUACUGAAGACAUAUAAUUUACCAACUGAAGAUUACUGGUAUUGGUUUAGUAUGGGAAUGUUCGUACUUUACACAUUGUUUUUCAACAUCUUUACCACUUUGGCACUGACCUAUUUGGACCCGAUAAAAAAACCAAAAGCAAUUACUGAGGAUGAAGUUGAAGACUCAGAAAAGAGUUCCGAAUCUAAUGCUAAAGAAAGCAAAAGCAAGGGAAUGAUUCUUCCUUUUGAACCAUUGACAAUGACAUUCCACAAUGUCAAUUAUUAUGUUGAUAUGCCACAGGAGAUAAAGAAACAAGGUGUAACAGAAAGUAGGUUGAAGCUUUUGUCAAAAGUGAGUGGUGUUUUUGCACCUGGUGUACUUACAGCAUUAAUGGGAUCAAGUGGAGCUGGGAAAACCACUUUAAUGGAUGUGCUUGCAGGAAGGAAAACAGGAGGAUAUAUCGAGGGAGAUAUUAAAAUAUCUGGUUAUCCAAAAGUGCAAGCCACAUUUGCCAGAAUUGCGGGUUAUGUUGAACAAAAUGACAUACACUCUCCUCAAAUGACGGUUGAGGAGUCCUUGUGGUUUUCUGCAUCAUUAAGGCUUCAAAAGGAAGCGAGCAAAGAAAAAAAGCAAGAAUUUGUCGAACAAGUAAUGAAACUGGUUGAACUUGAUAGUUUAAGACAUGCUAUGGUUGGAAUGGCUGGCGUUUCUGGCUUAUCGACAGAGCAGAGAAAGAGAUUGACAAUAGCAGUGGAACUUGUAGCAAACCCUUCUAUAAUCUUCAUGGAUGAACCUACCUCCGGACUUGAUGCACGUGCCGCUGCCAUUGUUAUGAGAACUGUUCGCAAUACUGUUGAUACUGGAAGAACUGUGGUUUGUACCAUACAUCAGCCAAGUAUUGAUAUAUUUGAAGCAUUUGAUGAGUUACUUCUUAUGAAACGUGGAGGACAAGUUAUCUAUGGGGGGAAGAUUGGUAACCAAUCAAAUGUGAUGAUAAAAUAUUUUCAGAGUAUCAGUGGAAUCUCCCCAAUUCCCAGUGACUAUAAUCCAGCAACUUGGAUGCUUGAGGUUACCACACUUGCUAUUGAAGAAAAACUCGGUGUAGACUUUGCAAAUGUUUACGAAAAUUCUGACCAAUUCAGAACGGUGGAAGCUUCGAUUAGAAAAUAUGAAGAACCAUCUCCCGGCUCAGAACCGUUGAAGUUUGACACAUUAUAUUCACAAAAUACAUGCUCACAACUUCACAAGUGUUUAUGGAAGCAGAAUAUUUUAUACUGGAGAAAUCCAUCAUACAAUGCAAUAAGGAUGUUGUUUACAAUAAUAUGCGCUUUAGUUAUGGGGUCAAUAUUUUGGAGGAUUGGUGUUAAAAGGGAAUCAACUCAACAAGUGAUGGUAACUAUGGGUGCAAUUUUUUCUUCGUUAUUGUUUGUUGGGGUGAAAAAUGCAACUUCUGUACAACCAGUUGUUUCAGUUGAAAGGACGGUGUUUUAUAGAGAGAAAGCAGCUGGAAUGUACUCUCCAAUUGCCUAUGCAGCAGCACAGGGGCUGGUGGAAAUCCCAUACCAAUUUGUUCAAACAAUAAUAUAUGGUGUAAUUACAUAUUUCAUGAUGGGUUUUGAAAAUAAUGUUGGAAAGUUUUUGAUAUAUCUAGUUUUCAUGUUCCUCACAUUUACCUAUUUCACCUUUUACGGCAUAAUGGCAAUUGGUGUUACACCAACCCAACACCUCGCAGCUGUAACUUCUUCUGCAUUUUACUCUCUAUGGAAUCUUGUCGCAGGUUUUAUGGUUCCAAAACCGUAUAUUCCUACAUAUUGGCUUUGGUUCCAUUACCUCUGCCCACUUUCUUGGACGCUACGUGGUAUUUUAACAUCUCAAUUUGGAGAUGUAGAAGAUAUAAUUGAGGGGCCAGGAUUCAAGGGCAGUGUGAAACAGUAUCUAUCAGUUUCUCUAGGGUAUGAUGAGACAAUUAAUGGAGUUUCAUCAGUGUUGAUAUCAGCAAUUGUGCUUGUUUUCUUCACCAUGCUCUUCUUUGGUUGCUUUGCUUUCUCAGUUAAAGUAUUCAAUUUCCAAAGGAGAUGAUUGAAGAAUAUAGUUAUAGAUGUAU